AAAAAAAAUUAAAGAUCUCAAACUGGAAGUAGGCCUUCAAGCAGUGAGGGCUUUCAGUCAUGGUACUGAUCAGCUCACCUUAUACUAAUUUUGCUUUGAUUAUUACUUUGUGAAUGACUCUUAAUGGCAGUGUAAAUUUUUCAGUGAAUGGUGGAACAUAUGGAAAGGUAAAAUCAAGGUGGUGGACAGAAUUGUUGAAGCUAUAACAAUCAACAGGAUCAUGAGACUACUUCUGAUUUUCUACCUAUUGUUGCAGUUCCAAAACACAAGAAUGGAAACAUUAAAGGAUUUGAUUAUUGUUAGGCAUGAAUCAGUUGUCGGAGUGAAAGAAGGUCAUCGAUUUACAGCAUUCUGCAGACUGAGCAACAUUGUAUCUGAAUCAGGUACCUUUGAUAUUGAAUGGGAACGAACCACAAAUGGCCAUACUUUGGAGAGAGUACUCCAUCACUCACUCACACCUAAUGAAGAAGUAGUCCAAUAUCUGUCUGAAAAGGUCAAAACAAGAGUGCGUGAAAGCUACCUCAAUGCAAGUUUUUCCAUCUUGCGCCUUAACCCAACAUUACUUGAAGAUAGUGGAAAAUAUUUUUGCUCUGUCAAUGGUCUCAAAAGUCUCACUAUCACUCUCGUUGUCUGCGUACCAUUCAAGGAUAUUUUUGUAGACUAUGAACCAAAGGAAGUAGUGGAAGGAAGUAAAGUGUCAAUAAACUGUGCUGCCAAGAAAGGCUUUCCCGAGCCCUUGGUUCAGUGGAUUGCUGCAGAUGAUGACAUUACAAAAGAGGCAAUCACUGUCAUGGAAAAACUACCCGACAAAACAUUUGGCAUAAAAAGUUCUCUUGUGGUCAAUGUUAAGAAGGGAGUAAAGUACAUCUGCAGCAUUUGGAAUAAAUACAUUGAGAAUUUGCUGGUGGACUGGGUAUUGCCUUUGCCAGGUGUCACAGUUGCUACACCAUAUAAAAACAUGGUAGGACUAGCUGGAAGUAGUGUUGAGCUGAUUUGUGAUGUUUCUAUUCCAGAGAACGAUCCAGUCACCAUUGCUAAUUUGGGUUUCUACUGGGUCAAAAAGAAUUCAAAUAGUAAGGAGCAUUUGGUAUAUGCUUUCAUAAAUGAAGAGGAAGAUCUAGCCGGUCAAGAUCCAAGAUUUGUGGACCGGGCUUUCCUGUACUGGGAAGAUUUUUUGAAUGGGUCUCCAGACUUGAAGAUAAAAGAUGUUACAAUUGAGGACAUGGGAGAAUAUAUUUGUAGGGUUAAAAGAAAUGAUAAGAUAAUAGAUGAAGAUCUUUUGGAACUUCGAGUGGCAACACCCUAUAGUGAACCAAUAAUCACGUAUGGACAACAUUCAUCCAACUUCCGGAACGUGUUCCUCAUCUGCACAACUAAAGGAGGAUUUCCUCUGGGAAACAUCAGUUGGUUAGCAGAUAAUGGCAAAGACAUCACCUCUCGUGCAAAAACAGUCAUUACGUUGUCAGAUAGAUAUUUUGAUUUCAGAAGUGGCCUGCAUGUUUCAGUGGCUGAGGGAACUCGGUUCACCUGUGCCAUAUCAAAUCCUUGGCUGCCAGACAAAUCAAGCUCAACAGUAACUUUUAUUAAUGAAUAA